GCUUACGUGCAAAAAUUAAAUAAUGCCAAAAACCACAGAUGGUACAUGUCUGACGCGGUCGGGUUUCGUAGAAGUGCUCACAUUUUGUCUCCGUUUCUCUCUGAGUGAAGAGCUCUUUUCCAGAAAGAGCCGUCUACCGUGCAGCUCCCCCAAAAAGCAUUCCUGACAUCUUCAGUCGACCACGACCAGAAGUGCCCAACACCGACCCUAAAUCAUUGCCAUUACAAAAGCCCUAGAACUUUGUUCAAUUCACAUCCAGUUUUCGUCUCUAUACUGGUAGCGAUCCGGUCAGACCAGAUUUCCUCUGUCCUCUCCAUUUCAUCGUGCUGGCCGUUUACGCUAGGACACACCGUUCCCCAGAAACAAUGAUCCCCGAUUAUUUUGAGAAGCUACUUCAAGUUAUCAUCAAAAUAUUGGACUAGCAUUCCUCCGGGAUUAGCCUCCCCCGGCAAAACUUGAAGAACAUUUUGUAGACUUCGACGUAGAGCCUUUUUAAAAAAAAUAAAAAAUCCCUUCCACUUCUCAGCCUUUUUCUCGGCGUGACUGCUGUUGCAAGUCAGGUCCCGGCUUGUGUUUAUCUUCCAGCACAAGACCUCCGUUUUCCCUAGACACCGAAGAAAAACCGACAACCUUCAAGCCAUCAUGUCGACUAUACCCGGUGGAUGCUUCGUGGCUCCGGACAGCCUCCGUCGUCUGAACCAGCUCCAGAAACAGCACGCUCGCGAGGCCAAGAUGCAACAGGCCGGCAAUGCCCAGCAAACCCCUCAAUCGCCCCCCGUCUCGCCCCCCGUCUCGCCCCCCAUCUUGCCCCCCGUGGAUCAUGCCAGAUCUAACACGUUCGCUCACUUGAUCACAACCGUUCCGCUGCGACUGAGCGAGAUCAUCGGUCGCACCCGGAGCAUGUCCAGCCCUCAGUCCACGCCCCCGAGCACCCCGCCCCUGUCCCCACGGAUGCCGCGCUCGAUAUCCAAGGAGGCCAUCAACGUACCGGACUCCGAGGCCAUCAACAUACCCAACCGUCGGGAGGAGGCCAGGAACCGGAAUCCACUCUCUGAGUCUAUUUGAGCGUCGCAUUGAGACACCAAUGCAGGAAUACGUUUCAUACUUGAAAUUUUCGCUUUCCCAGUCCCCCCCCCCCUUCCCCGCUCACUACUCGCUGCAAAAAGGACUCAAAAAGUUUCAGCUUUUACUGAUCAACAGCGGACACAUUGCGAUAACCAGUUAAAAUUCGGUUUGUUUCGGUGGAACGCUGCUGUAACGUACAUUGCGGGAUGGCGAUUUUAACCCUAAAAGGGCCGGGGGGGGGGGGGGGCCAACUUUUUCCGCGAUAGCCUUGAAAUGUUUUUGUUUUCGCGACCCGAGCUGUUAUGACUUUUUAGCCUCGAGCCUUGCGCAUCUUUUUGAAACCAAAAACAUAAAAUCGGACGAGGGGUUGCCGCGCAGCAAAAACUUUUCCAAUGCUACGCGCCAUGAAAACUGAACUUUACCAUAUACGUCGUGUACACAGAGCACAAUUAUUAUUUGUACAUAUGAAUAAUUAAUUAGCCAUAAUUC